CACAAAAUGAAGUUAUUACUACUGUUCACGUGUGUAGUUUUUUUAAACUGUAUCUUAGGUAUUCAAGGACAGGACAAACCUAAGAAACAUGUGGUUUGUUAUUUUUCCAGUUGGACAGUCUACCGACCAGGGAAUGGAAAGUUUGAUGUAGAAAACGUAGAUCCUAGCUUAUGUACGCAUAUUAACUUUGCCUUUGUUGGACUUAAAGAAGAUGGAUCUGUAAACGUUCUGGAUUCUUGGCAAGCUGAUAAGGAUGGUCUUAAUGGUAUCAAUAGAUUACUAGAACUAAGAAACGUUAAAAAAGAUUUGAAAAUACUAGUAAGUAUGGGUGGAUGGAAUGAGGGUUCGGAAGUGUACUCAAAAGUAGCUGCCAAUGAAACCACAAGGAAAAUACUUGCAAAUAAUGUUUUGAAGUUUAUCGAAGAACGCGGUUUCGAUGGUUUUGAUUUGGAUUGGGAAUAUCCUGGAUUAAGAGGUGGUAACGAGACUACUGACAAGGACAAUUUUACUGCUCUCCUUAAGGAGUUAAGUGAAGUGCUAAAAUCCAGAGGUCUCCUAUUAACAACCGCUGUAGCUGGAGCUGUGGAAAAAAUCGAUGUUUCCUAUGACGUGGCGGAAGUAUCUAAAGUAGUAGAUAUGAUCAAUGUGAUGGUGUUUGAUUAUCAUGGAUCAUUUGAUAAUUUUGUUGGUCACGUGUCUCCAUUAUAUCCUGCAAAAAUAGAUUUUAAUUUCCCAGAUAAUGAAACGUACAAUGUAGAUACCGCAUUACAACACUGGCUUAACAAAGGUGCCGACCCACAAAAAAUUAAUCUUGGUAUAGUUCUAUAUGGCCGCAGUUUUACUUUAGCAGAUAAAACGAACACGUCACUGUACGCUCCAAUUAUUGAAGGAGGAAAGGAAGGACCAUUUUCUAGACAAAGUGGAAUACUCGGAUACAAUGAAAUAUGUGCAUUUCAUAAUAAUGGUACUUAUGUUUGGGAUGACGAACAGAAGGUACCUCAUAGAAUAUAUGACGAAGACCAAUGGGUUGGAUUUGAAGACGAGCGAUCUGUUCAACAUAAAGUAGAUUACGCACUUAAAAAUAACUUGGGAGGUAUCAUGGUGUGGUCCUUGGACUACGACGAUUUUAGAGGAACUUGUGGAGAAAAAUAUCCCUUACUAACAACGAUCAAUAAAGCUUUGAACUUAUUAUAAACAUGUAUUUCUGAGUUUAAUUGAAUAAUAUAUGUUCAAAUUAA